AUGAUCUCACAGGUAAGCCCACAUGAUACACAGGUGAGCCCUCAUGAUACACAGGUAAGCCCUCAUGAUACACAGGUAAGCCCACAUGAUACACAGGUGAGCCCUCAUGAUACACAGGAAGCAACAGCAGCAACAGCCCCGCCCCCAUCCCCCCUUCCUUCGGGUCCUAUAAAUAAGCGCCGUCAUUGUCUACAUCAUCAGUCUCCUGCUGUCUGCCGUAAAGGAAACAACUCCCUCAAGAUGGUAUCCUCAAGUGUGGUGGUGGUGGUGUUGGCUGUGGUGGCGGCUGUGGUGGCUAACCCAAGCUACCCCAAACCGACGCCUUGUUACCCCAAGACUAAGUACGUCACCCAUUACCAGACGCAAGUUCAACAGGUACCAGUUUACUCGACCGUCUACAAACAGCAGAUCGUCCCCACCACCUACUACGAAACCCAAUACCAAACCGAGUACGUGACCAAGUACCAGACCCAGUACGUUCCCCAGUACGUCACCCAGACCGUCUACAAGACCCAAGUUCAAUAUGUGACCCAGGUCAAGACCCAGUACCACACACAAUACAAUACCAAUUACGUCACCACAACCCAGUACAUCCCAGAAUACAUCACUAAGACCCAAUACCAGACCCAGUACGUGACCCAGACCCAAUACCAGACCGUGUACAAGACCCAGUACGAGCCCCAAUACGUGACAACUACCCAGGUGCAGUACCAUACCCAGUACGAGACCGAAGUAGUCCCUGAGUACCACACCGUCGUGAAGACCCAACACACCUACAAGACCGUGUGCCCUAAACCUGCCUAUGGCUACUGAGCACCGACGACUGAGAGAGAGAGAGAGAGAUGCCUUUACAACAGCCCUUCACCUAAACAACUUUUACACCAAGUCAAAAUUCUGUAUCUUGUCUUCCAUCACAUCUUUAUCUCAUAUUAAUUCACUAUUACCCCCAAUUAUAUUUUGUAUUAUAUAAAAAAAAAACUAUUUACCAAAAGUAUAAUAAAAACCCUGUCAAGAAAAUUCUGAAACUUACUCUUCCAUUAGGUAAUGCUUUUUCUAAUCCUCUUUGUACCAUCAUAUCGGCCAGACUCAAACGCUUAACUCCGAGAGAAAUAAAUUAUCGAAUGAA